AUGGCUUUACGCAAAACAUAUCUACGGAGCAUGCUCUACUUGUUCAAAAAGAAUAUAUAUUAACAAAUUUUGAGACACAGCUCUUAACUCUUGGUAUUUUUGUUGAUUUCAGCAAAGCCUUCGACUGCUUAAAUCACGACAUUCUUUUUGCGCAAUUAGAGCACUAUGGUGUACGUGGACGCGCCCUUAACCUAAUAAAGUCAUACCUGGGUUCACGGUCUCAAUACGUAGUCAUUAACCAUUACGCCUCACAGAUUCUAAGCAUUGCGAAUGACGUCCCUCAUGGUAGCAUUUUGGGGCCAGUGCUAUUCAAUGUAUGUAUUAAUGAUGUUCCUAACAUCAGCACUCACGCGAAAUACAUUAUAUAUGCAGACGACACCACCCUAUUUUUUUCCCACUAAUAUACAACACUUAGCAGAAAUCGCAAACGACGCGCUCUCAUCACUUGCCAUGUGGUCAUCAGUUAACUCUUUGAAAAUAAACAAACAGAAAACGAAAGCAGUACUUUUCCUUCCUAAAAGAAAACAAGUAUUUCUACGGCCCUCGUUAUACCUAGGCGACACUGUGAUCGAGUGCGUAGACACCUUUAAAUCAUUAGGGAUAACGUUCAGCAAUACAAUGUCAUGGGAUGCACAUGUUAAUAAUCUUUCUUCAACACUCUCUAGAAUCAUAGGAAUCACUUCGCGUAACAGAUAUAUUUUUCCAACCAAAACUAAGCUUACUUUGUACUAUGCCUUCUUUUAUUCCCACAUAAUCUAUUGCCUGCUAGUCUGGGGCAAUACAACUGUCUCAAACAUACUAAAACUACAAACACUGCAAAAGAAAAUGCUCCGCGCAAUUGUAAAUGGGUCCUAUGAUUCGCCCACUAAGCAUAUCUUCCUACAAUAUAAUAUUGUACCUGUAAACAAAUUAUUCGACCAGAGAUUUGCAUGUUUUUAUAAAACAAUAACAAGAAAAAAUGACUCCUUUUUUUCUAAAACUGUUCCACCUGCGUUUCGCCACUCAUCAUAUGACACCAGAGUACAAAGUAGUUACGUAUUGCCAAAGUGUAGAACAAAUUAUGGUAUUUCUAUGUUGAGUUACACUGUGCCAAAGUUCUUGAAUACCUCAUUUUAUGACUGCCUAAAUACUAUGUCUCGUUCUGCUAUUCGCAAGAGCAUUAUACGAUCUCCCAACCUCCACGAGGUGCGUCACGGGCAGGGUGACGCACCCAUGCUGCGGGACCUGGAGUCCGAGAGUCCGCGGCUGUAG